GGCCGCCAUUGUCUGUAACAGCGGUUCUCGAAGGGACGGCCGAGCUACCAUGCGACAUUCGUCCACCUCAUCGCAACGAUUCCGCUAUCCUAGUCGUCUGGUACAAGAGUGACGUCAUCCCGAUCUACAGUUACGAUAUACGCGGGAAACACUCGGACAAAGCAUCGCAUUGGCAGGAUAAAGAAUAUCUUAAUAAUCGAGCGUACUUCAGGGCAGCAACGGAACCAGCGACGUUGAGCAUUAAUCAUAUACUGCAACAGGACGAAGGCGAAUACAGGUGCCGAGUGGACUUUACCACAAGUCCGACUAGAAACUCCAGAAUUCAACUGACAGUGAUAGUACCACCGCAGAAACCGAAUAUUAUCGACGAACAGGGAAAUGCCGUCACGACGGUCGCCGGACCUUACGAAGAAGGCGGAGACAUGAGACUGCAUUGCUACGUUUGGGGGGGUCACCCCCAACCUAAAGUGAGAUGGUGGCGCGGAGAGACGCUUUUAGAUUCUAAGGAUGAAUCGGGGGAUUCCCUUGAUGUUCGUAGAAACACGCUUAUCGUCAGCGAAUUGUCAAGAGCGGAUCUUCACGCGGUGUUCGAAUGUCAAGCAUCCAACAACAACAUCAGUCAACCCGUGUCAAUGUCGGUAGCUAUUGAAAUGCAUCUGAGGCCCCUGAGCGUGAUGAUACUCAGCAGCGAACACGCGCCCCUCAGCGCGAAUCGGAAAUAUGACAUCAACUGCAUGACAGUCGGCUCAAGGCCGCCGGCUGAACUGUCCUGGUACAUGGAUGGCAAGAGACUCGAUAAUUACACGAACAAGGUUUCUCAGGAUGGUAACAUGACGAGUUCCAUCUUGACGUUUCAACCCACUCUACUAGACCACGAUAAAAUUAUCACGUGCAGGGCUGAGAAUCCUAAAAUUCAACGGGGCAUAGCAGAGGAUACAUGGAAACUGAAUGUUUUUUUUGUUCCAAUUCUGCAUCUACAACUCGGUUCGAAUAUGAAUCCGGAUGACAUCGAAGAAGGCGAUGACGUAUAUUUCGAGUGCAAAGUUCGUGCGAAUCCGGAUGCCUACAAAGUCGUGUGGAAGCAUAAUGGGCACGUGAUUCAGAAUAAUGCGAAGAAUGGCGUCAUAGUCCAGCAAUAUGGUUUGGCUCUCCGAGAGGUGAAUCGGUCCCAAGCCGGAAAUUACACCUGCGUCGCCAGCAACGUCGAAGGCGAUGGCUACAGCAAUAUCGUGGAGCUUAAAAUCAUGUAUAAACCGAUCUGCGUGCCGGAUCAGAAGCGAAUUUACGGGGUGGCGAGACACGAAGAUGCUCGCGUGAUAUGCAGAGUCGAGGCGUUCCCGCCACCGGAGAGUUUUCGUUGGGCCUUCAACAAUACUGAGGAGAUGGUCGACGUGCCCCAAGCGCGUUACAAGAAUUCAACCAGACAUACCGAGAGCGUUCUCACAUACCGGCCGGUCACGGAAAUGGACUACGGCACCGUGUUGUGCUGGGCGAGCAACACGGCCGGUCAGCAGAAGAAUGCCUGCAUAUUUCACAUCAUUCCUGCGGGCAAACCGGAAGCUCCGUACAACUGCACGCUGACCAACCAGACCACCGAAUCACUCUCAGUGGAAUGCACCGCUGGUUUUGACGGUGGUCAGCCUCAACACUUCCUCCUUGAAGUGUUCGAUCAGCACACGAGAGUUCUGCAAGCCAACGUCACGUCCAAAGAUAAUGCGGCUUUCACCGUACAGGGUUUAGAACCGGGGAAGGUUCUGAAUAUGAUUCUGUACGCAGUGAAUGCGAAGGGAAGAAGCGAUCCCACGUUAUUGGAAGGUUUCACGCUCAAAGUCGCCGAGAAGCAGACUGGUACUCCGGUACCCUUCGAGUUCACCCCGUUACUCGGGGGUCUGAUCGGUGUGGUCACUGCACUUUUGCUUCUCACCGCCACCAUUCUGGCCGCGCUAAAAGUGAGGAGCGAGAGGCGAGCUCAAAGGCCAGGUGAUUUACCUCUAAAAAAGGCCACCGCGCCAAGUUCCGAGGAUCUUUACGACGCGGACGACAGAAAUCCGGAUGUUGUGCCGACCAACAAAGAUUCAGAUUAUCAGCUGACCGGCUCGACUUCCGGCACGCCGUUGGCAACGCAAAACACACCGGAUGGUCUUCCACCGUCGUCCCUUCCGGCCCAGCAGACGAAUAAUCACCUUCAAGGACUUCCCGCCUAUUCGCAUAACGACUACAGCAAUUAUCCAACCUUGCCGCUAUCCGGCGAGGUGACGUAUGCCGAGUUGUGCCUGGCAAGGCCCACCACCCUGUCAACCCUGGCGACUGACGCCAAACUGGCCAGCCUCGGUAGCGGAGUCGGCGGUCUGGGUGGCCUUCCUGGUUACGGCAGCGGCCUCGGGGUAAUCGUGGGCGGCAAACCGUACACGAAGGAAGCCACCGUCUACGCGUGCAUCGAUCACAACGCCAGGCCGCCCAAGAUCGACGUCUCGAACGCGCCGUCGUGCGCGACCACCCCUCUAACGACGGCGAACGUGCUCCAGGACUCUACCGUCUCCACCGUGAUGAGCGGCAAGCAGCAUCAUCCGGCGAGGGAGGUCGUCACCGUCCGCACGCCCCUCAUCUCGACCCAGGAGAGCUGCGUAUAGGGACGCGAUUCCGACGCGCUCAACGUCAACGAGUACUACGUCUGAUAUGGCCGCCGUCUCGUGACAAUCGUGCGCGUCUUCGUGGUCGACCUUUCGAUUCCUUAGAAUUUUUCGCGGCGCUCUCUUCAAAGUAAAACGUCCUCGAAUUCUCGGGAAAAGAUAUCUCUACAUGAAUUUGCGUUUCGUUCGGCUGCGAUGUGAUCGCUCGUUCUUCGAAAGAUACAAGACACUUUUGCCGACAACAAUGACCGUCAGAAGCUCUAUUGCCGAGUGGCAGCGCUCGUGUCUGCAAUGGAUAAACUUUUUGGAUCGUGACAAACGAUGGUCGAACUACCCCUUUAGUAAAGGACUCGCAUGAGACAUGCAUCAAGGAUCACGAGGAUAAGCCAGAGAGAAAGCCGGAUGCAUUCUUUUGAAUGUAAUCUACUCACGCGAUUUGCAAUCCUAUCGAGAUAGCUAAUUUAAACAUUCAACACUGCUCAAAUAAUUUUGAUGAAUAUAUAUCAAACGAUUCCAAUGUAUCGGGUGCAAUAAUUGAAUUUUUUCGAUUUGAGAUAUUCCAUUGUGUGUGUUCGCGAUAGGAUAUGUGACAAAAUACCUAUGUUAAUAAAAUACAUAUGUUAUAUAAAAUCCAUGAAAAAAUAUAAAUAUAGUUAUUGUCAGAUUUUUAAAAAUUUCGAGAAUUGUAUCUAUCUUUGAUGGGAAUGAAAGCAUUAUACAAGAAAAAAAGUUCCAUAUUCAAAUAGAGCACACACUAGAAAUAUACUUGAGAAAUUUUUUGAUUAUAAUUUAAAAAAAAGUGUAUCCUGAAACGCCAUCGAUCGAGAACGUCGCACGGUUGCGAAACGAAUUUAUUCACGAGAGAAUGUGUCACCCUUAUACGAUUGUUUUGAUUUCGGGAAAUACCGGUGUCUACAAAUCUACGAGACUAUGAAAGAUUUCAUUGGUUGACCGAAGAAUCGAUGAAGUGGAAGAAAACACGUCGAGAAAUCUAGAUUUCUACACUUCGCGGGAUGUUCGUAUCGCGAGAGGCGAUGUACCCAUGUCUCGCGACGGCGAAUGUAGAUUUUCUAUCCCAAGAGUAUACUUUGUAUUACAAAGUAGAACUGGGAAUAAAGAAGAUCGUCGCGCGUUGAGUGUAUUUUCAUAAAAUGACGCGUCUUUAUCGAUAUGCGCCCUUUCUCCUUUUUCUCUCUCGGAGAAACUACUGUGUCUCGUGUCGAUUACGUUGAGACGAUAAAUUUCGAGGACGGGAAGGAUUCGCGACGAGGAGAGGAUCAAUCUAUUUCGCGAAAACUCUCCAAAUAUUUUCGCGUUGCGAUGCGAAACAAGUGCACCGAGAACACGACAGCGUUACGAGAAUCCGACGUGAAGAUUUUCUCGAUGUCGGACACGUUCUCUUCCUUUUGUCGUUAUCGCGGAAUUUCCAGCUCCAAAAAUACUCGCAAUUUUAUGGACCAUCCAACUCUCAAUCGCAUCGAUCGAUCUCAUAAAUAGAUUCAUGCUCGGUUAAUACGAUUUUGUCUCCUCGCACAUUAUCAAUUUAAUUAUCAAGAAAAUGAUUAAUCGGUCAAAUAAAGCUGCUGUUCAAUGAUUGAACGAAUCUCCCGAAAAAGCACACAUAUAAUUGUUUUCGUUUACAUGGCACAUUACACAGUUAACGUUUUAAGUGUGCCACGUUGACGUGAGCUGAUGAAUUAAAUUUCAGUUUGUAUUAAGGGCGAUUUUACCAAAAAGAUCGAUUUUUUAGAUCGAUCUAGAUCGGAGACUUAAAAAUCGAUUCGCCAAAAAAUCGACUGUUAAAGCAUCGAUCUAUCAGAAAUCGAUCUCUUUAUUUAAUUUUACAAAAUAUUAAAUAUUUCCAAUCGUAUUCAAUUAUU